CGGCAUCAGCAUUAUUCAGGCGUGUGCCAUCAGGGCAUCUUCCGCAAUAACCCAUCAGACAUAGCGAGAGUGCGUCAUUCAGCAGGCUGAUAAUCAAUAACCGAACACGAGAAAGGUUCCGUGGCGGGUGCUCACUUCCCGACUGACCAUGCCUCGCCACGCACACCCCCUAUCGCCGAGGCCGCGGCGUCACCAAGGCUCUAAGGCCUCCAUGUCGAAGGCAGACUGGCGCCUGCUCUGUGAGAUUACGGCACACCGCAUCGUAGAAAACGGCUUCCGCGUCAAUUGGCUCUACCCCCACACGAGUUUACAGAUCGGCGCCGAGCUGGAAACUGGCGUUACUCUCAUCGUCUCUGCUGGCGCCAAAGGGGUUGGCUAUCUCGAACACACUGCUCCUGGGGUUUCAGAAGGGCUGAAGGAUAUGGCGAAAGAAGGACUGGAUGGGAGAAUGAUAUUAUAUGGGAUGGCUUUUCACUUCAUCCCUGCGGCCUAAUAGGUCUGCUAUUAAAGACGAAAUAUAGCCUAUCUGAGCAGGCAGAAACACGCCAUUAGCAUUUCGACGCAUAUGGCUGGGGCGGGGGACAUAUAAGUAGGGCCUAGAUACCAGCC